AUGUCCAGUCGAUCAUUCACUCAGUCAGCAUCCCUAUCUUCAAGCCAGCAAUCAAUUGGCAGUAAUUCACGUCCUUUUAUGAAUUCCUUCCCGGGCAGUUCAACUUCCAGUCAGCCGCAGAGUGUUUCCCAUUCAGAGCCAGUCCAACCCUCCCGUUCGUUUUUGCAAUUCACUCCGCAGCCCCGAUUCGAGGACGCUUCUCUCAGUCGAUCGUCCUCCAUAAACACGCAAGAAGACCAGCUUCGAGCAUCGCUAUCACGCCAAGAAGCUGUCGAUUCCUUGUUUUCGAACAGCAAUGCGUCCAAACGAAUGAAUCAAAUUCACAAACAGCCACGGCGAGCGAUGUCCCAGCAAGAAUCACUGGCUUCUUUGCGAGCCCAGAAAGAUAAACUCAACCCAUUUGCUUUCGUGUCUUCGCAAUCUCCUUCUUCCUCCCAGUCCUCUCUUUAUUCUUCGAAUUGCAACUCAUCGCGUUCUGUUCUCAAAUCAGAGCAGCCAAUCGAAGACUUGUUCAAAGGCUUAGCACCCACAAACAUGAAUGAUCUUUUCUCUUCCUUGAAUACACUCACUCACAAGAACUUUAUGAAUGAAUCAAAGCAGCAAAACCCAUCAGAACAAUCCUCAAACAAACCCGUAAUGAUUCCAGAAUCGAGUCAAGACAAUCCGUUUAAGACGUCCUUCGAUGAACUCGAUAAUCCAUUCGGAGGGACUGGAAAACGCCCAACUUCCGAACGCGGAUCGAAUUUGUCGUCUGUGGAGGACGAUGUGGUGAGUGAAAUUGUUCCUUCGGAUCUCGACGAUACGAUCGUAGCAGUGGAUCAACUCGACGGAGACAGCGAAAAGCAGCAGCCUUCGCAAUCGUCCGAUUCAAACGCCUUGGCGUCUCCUUCAGAAAAAGCCAAAGACGCGAAGAAUCCAAAGCGUCGCUCGCUGUUUUCGUUCUUCCGCCGCAAUUCGAUUAUCGAAAUGAAAAAUCCAGAGGACACGCUUCAAGUCGCCGAGCGAAUUGGAGUCCAACUUCCCGAAAUAGAGAAACCAGAACCUUCUAAAGAACCUUCUAAAGAACCUUCUAAAGAACCUUCUAAAGAACCUUCUAAAGAACCUUCUCCUAAAGAAUCAUCUCCUAAAGAAUCAUCUCCUAAAGAGGCAGCGAGACCUCCAGUGAAGGCAGUUGAUAUAGCGGAGUUUUUUGAUAACGACGACGAGUUCGUGGUGGGCGAAGACGGUCAGCGACUGCGCGUUUUGUUUGAUAACAUGCUGCCGAUGGUGGGAAACAAUCCGAUUAUUCCCGAGCCAGAAGAGAUGAUGGAGCAGGUCAGUUGCAAGGCGGAGGCGCUGCUGACGAUGCUGGCGUCGAUGAAUUUGGGAUGGCGAAAAGGAGCGAAGAAGAAGUCGUUGGAGAAGCGAAUUCACGAUGUCGUGAAAGAAAAACACUCGGGUGAUAUCGAGAAGGACAUUCGAGUGUGUCAAAAAGCGAUUUUGAAGGCACAGAAGAUCGAAGCAAUGAAGAGAGAAGCGGGCGAAGUGAUUGAGAAGGAUAUCAUGAAGCUCAAUCAGCAGAUUGCGACGUAUAGCGAGCAAAUCGAAACCCGAUUGCGUGACUACGUUGAAGAGAAAAACCGACUCUCGGAGGAUGUGAAUAAGGAGAUUGAAGAGUAUGAAGCGUUGUACAGAGAGCUGGAAGCGAUGUGCAGAGAAGUGAACAUUCCAAUCGAAGAAAUUCUCACAGAGAAUGCGGAGGAAUACUGA